AUGGACAAAGACAUAGAGCGCAUCUAUAUUGAGGGAACAAUCUUGGAGCUGCGACCAGAAAACGGGUCAGAUGCAAAACCCGAUGGAGAUACUAUUUCUUGCAAGAUAAUCAGAUUCUUCGAGCCACCAACACUCUCCUGUGUCAUGGAAGUGGAGUUACUGAAUCAGCCUGACAACAAACGGGCCGUGCUCAAAGUUUUUGACCGACAAUUUGCGUCUCAACUCCGAUCUGAUUACAAGGUCGGCCCGUCAACUGUUGCUAAAGAGACGGCGUUUUUUGAAUGUAUUAAUAAGAGUGGUGAUGCUUCAAAGUUCGUAGAUCGACUGAGAAACGAUGAGGACUUUGAGGAACCCGAGGAAGGCUGGGACAUGGGGCAAAAUGAAGCUUAUCUUUACGAUCUGUGUCUUGAUAUGUAUGAGGCUGAAUCGACUGUGUAUCAAAGGCUAGAACACUUGCAGGGCAAGGAGAUCCCGCAACUGUUGGCACGAGUCACAUUGCAAGCAACCGCGGCACUGGACACAGUUCUAGACGAUGCUACUAAAUUCUUCGAGGUAAAAGGUGUUCUGAUAGAGCUCAUCGAUGGGUAUACACUAUCAAAUCUGCCAACCAAAGCACCAAAGGAGUCCUGGGGAGAUAUUUGUAACGAGGCAGUGCGAGUUAUACGACUUCUUGACGACUACUCAAUUCUGAACGAGGACGUGAGGCCUUCAAACAUCAUGAUCACGAGGCAACCUGCGCAGGAUAAUUAUCGUGUUGUCAUGCUGGACUUCGCUCAUUGCACUUUCCGAGAACCUGAGGAGACUGACAAAUGGGGCAGGAAAAAUCGGAACCAGGAUGAAGAGGGUGCGAUUGGACUGGUGAUGAGACAUAGAUUGAAGAAGCUUGACUAUGAUUUUCCGUUCGAGCAUUCCAAUCAUUUUUUUGGGGUGGGCAGAGACAGAGUUUCCAUCAAAGAAUGA